GUCAAAUCGCAGUGAAGAGAAGGAAGAAGACCCUAAAAUCGAAUCUGGGAAGAUUCCCUCAUCAAUGGCUUCGAUGCUGGCUCGUAGGUCGCUGAAUACUCUCCGUGCUCGACAUCUCGUUUUGUCAGGGAAAGCUUUGGAGGGAUCUCAUCUUUCUGGAUUGCAGUCCCGUGCUAUUUCUUAUGGCUCCAAGAAAGAUGAUGAAGAAGAGGAGCAACUUGCUAAGGAAAUCUCCAAGGACUGGAAUACUGUAUUUGAACGGAGCAUAAACACUCUGUUUCUUACUGAAAUGGUCCGUGGUUUGUCCUUGACCCUCAAGUACUUCUUUGAUCCCAAAGUUACUAUCAAUUAUCCAUUUGAGAAGGGUCCAUUGAGCCCUCGCUUCCGUGGUGAACAUGCUCUUCGACGGUAUCCUACUGGGGAGGAACGCUGCAUUGCCUGCAAACUCUGUGAAGCUGUGUGUCCAGCUCAAGCAAUUACAAUAGAAGCAGAAGAGCGAGAAGAUGGAAGCCGAAGAACCACUAGGUACGACAUCGACAUGACAAAAUGCAUUUACUGUGGUUUCUGUCAAGAAGCUUGCCCCGUUGAUGCAAUUGUCGAAGGACCUAACUUUGAAUUCGCAACCGAGACACACGAGGAGCUUCUGUAUGACAAAGAAAAGCUGCUUGAGAAUGGAGAUCGAUGGGAGACCGAGAUUGCUGAGAACCUGAAAUCAGAGAGUCUCUACCGUUGAGAGCAGUCUUUGCUUCAAGUUAUUUCCGGGGAAAACGUUUUUCAUUGCUUGUGUUAGAAAUAAAAGACGAGUGCUAUAUGCGUUUGAAAACUUAAACUUUUGUUGUAUACCAGCUUUGUGGCUGUGUGUAAUUGAAUUUUUUUUUGUAAACAACUUUGAUUUCGGUUCAUAAAUUCCGGUUUAAGUACGAUUGUUUUGGUUUGGAAUCAGAACAUUUAUUUAGACCGGACGGAUAAGAACAUAUGCAUUUUCAUUUUUUUACGCCUUGUUGUUGCGCCAAUUAUCGCAUUCA